AUUAGAAUUAGAAUUAUAAUAUUUCUCAUUCGUUAUCGGUAGAUUUGAACAUGGCCCUAAACCCGCAUCUUUACGGUAACGGUAUGCCGGUUGCAUUCGUCAACGAGAUGUUUGUGUUGAUCAGAGAUGGAAUCGAAUUCGAAAUUAACAACAUCCACGGGGCUAAUGGAGGAACUGUGAAAGCAAAGGGUAGGGUCUUUUUGUCGAAUGUUCGCAUUGUGUUGGUUGCUGAUAAACCUACACAGAUUUUUACUGCUUUCGACAUGCCUCUGCUGUACGUGCACGAUGAAAAGUUUCACCAACCAGUCUUUCACUGCAACAAUAUAUCUGGAUGCGUAGAGCCCGUACUACCAUAUGAUCAGAACAGGGCAAUGUACCCUUCUCACUCUUUCAAGAUUUUGUUCAAACAUGGAGGGUGUGGAACAUUUGUGCCCUUAUUUUUCAACUUGAUAAAAUUGGUUAGACAAUAUAAUCAACAAUUUGAUUCUGGAAAUGCAAUCCAUGUUGAUCCUUUAAGGGCAGCCCAUACCCCAGUUGAUGAAAUGAUGAACUGCGCAUACGUUGAUCCGAGUGAUCCAACAAAGAUCUAUCUGCAACAACCUGCUUCAGAAGCGCAUCCACGCAACACAUACCAUUCUUGAUACAAAUAAUUAUGUACAUGUAAAUUUUGUAAAUCGGUUGUAUGGAUUGUAACUAACUUUCUUGUAAUGUAGAUGAACUUUGUUCAUUCAUUCAU